AGAGCGUAAUGUAUUGAAACGACUUCGCUGUGAGGUGGAAUAAAUCUUUCCCUUUUAUCAUCUAGAACUCAAACCGAGCACAUCUUUUCUUAAAAAUCCGGACUUCUUCGUAUUAAUUGGCGACGAGGAAAAAAGAGUUUUCUCAGUUUUCCUCGGUGGAAAUCGGUGUAGGCAAGCGCAUCGGUUGGAGGAAAAUUUGGGAGAAGUUUUACUUUGGUUACUGGGGAAAUCGGUGAUAACUGAUUGGCCCGUGAAGCAGCGGAAUUUUUGUUUCGUGUGAAAAAGGCAGUCGGUGAUAAUCGAUUGUCCCGGAAGACUACGGAUUUGGUCCGUGUGAAAAGACAGUCGGUGAUAAUCGAUUUGUCCAGAAAAUACAGAAUUGUCCGUGUGAACACGUCGGGUCGAUCCGAGGAGCCGGACAUUUUGGUGUUUUCUGGCCGGGGCGGUGUGUUCUGCCUUUUGUGACGUGUCGGGAAUCAUCAACGAGGCGGUGGAUUGUCCUUCCGGUGAUUUCGGAACAGAACCAAGUGAUUUCGACGUUGUCGGAAGCUGAUAGGUGACCGGCUGGUGAUUUCUGUCGCUACGGGUGAGCGGGGAACGAGCCACGUGUUGCGGUGCCUGGAAGCGCUGAUUUUUUGAGGUUAAGUUGCCGCUGUGUGGUUUGUUGAAAUGAGCCAAGGAGGAAUGGUUUCAUCCAUCGAGCCGUUCCGCAAGGGUUCUUCGUUUUCGGACUGGAUUUGCCGUCUGAAAUAUACAUUCGACGGUAAUGACGUGACAGAUUCUAAAAAACAAAAAGCUCACUUUAUGAAUUUAUGCGGUCCUUAUCUAUUUACUCAACUUAAAACGAUCUAUAAUGAGAAGGAUUUGGCCAAUGCCACCUUCAACGAUAUUGAAGCCAAACUUAAAUUGAAGCUAGAUAGGGUAGAACCUGACCUUGUUCAAAGAUUCCGGUUGAGUCUGCGUAAUCAGCAGCCUGACGAAACGGCAGAAGAAUUUGUACAGGCCGUCAAACUGCAGGCGGAUUUCUGUGGUUUCGGUGCCUUUCGUGAUGUGGCCAUCCAAGACCGCAUUUUGGCGGGCUUAAGGGAUGAUCGGUUGAAGGAAAUGUUGUUGAAGGAGGAAGGUUUAACGUUAGAUAAAAUGGAUAAAUUAAUUACGACGUGGAAUAUAGCCAGGGAUAACGCGCAUGCAUUGAACAAUAACAACAACAACUUCAAUUAUUAUAAUCUUCCUGUCGGGUUUAUCGAUCAAUAUUCUCCACAACAACGUAAUUUUCGUUCUUCUGGGCAAGUGAACAACUUUCGUAGACCGGUGCAUGAGAGAUUAGGUUUUCGUCCGUACAUUAGGCAAAACUCACAAUCACAAAAUAACAACAAUAAUAAUAACUACAGACGUGAUGCGAACAAUUUUUAUCAUCGUAAUCAAAAUCAUCGUUAUUCUGGCAGAUACAACACACAAUACAAUAAUCGCAAUGACAAUCACACAAACAACAACAACAGAAACAAUCAACAACAGAACCAUUACAAUAACAAAAAUUUUAGAAAUAAUGAAUCAAACAAUAGAUAUGGGCAAGGUUCUCAGCCAGAGUUAGAAGAGGAAUCUGUGGUAGUCUGUGAAUAUUGCGGGGUUCCUGGCCAUGUGAAACGCAAGUGUUUUACUCUCAAGAAUUUGAAGCGUGAUGUGGUCAAAUUUGUAGAUCUAGCGAAACCUGGAACCAGUUCAGAGAAGCAGCUCACGGACAUGAUGGGUCGAUUGACAACAGCUGGCGACAUGGCUGGAAGUGACAGCGAUGAUAGUUACUCCGAAUGGAACUCAGGUGUCGGUUGGAAGCGCUCGGGUGAUGGCCCACAAGAUGCAGCUUAAACCCCAUCACGAGCGUCAGGAGCGCCCGAAUGUGCACCUGUUUCCGGUGGUGCACGGCGAAUACGAGGGCGAGGAGGAAGCAGUUUGUACGACUGCAGCAGAUAUUAGUUCGGAAGAAGAAUUUCGAGGAUUUCCGGUGAUGGCUGGAGGAAAAAGAAGAAAAAGAAGUGCGCUUACGGCAGAAUUGCCUGAAGAGUAUCCACGAAGAUCAAAAAGGCUCAGAAAGCCGAUUCAUGACUUGAAUUAUCAAUAUAAUUAGUGAAUUCAGAAGACUAGGAUUUUUUUUAAAUUAAAUAAUCAUUAAAAGUGAUAUCAGAGAAUUAGGAAUAAAAAAAAAAACAAUUCGUUCAGAUAAACUAACUAAAUUGAAUUGUAUUCAUUAGAAAUCUUUCUUGCUAAAAGAGGGAGGAGUUGUUGUGUACACCCCUCGUUCGUUGUACUAAAUUAGAACACAAAUGUCAAACGUAGAGCGUAACGUAUUGAAACGACUUCGCUGUGAGGUGGAAUAAAUCUUUCCCUUUUAUCAUCUAGAACUCAAA